AAGAACUCGUUGUUAAUAAUAAUCCAUUAUACGAACUUGCGGUUAAUUAUAGUGCAUUAUAUUACAGUAAUCAACCCACUUUUGGAACACUGUAUAGUAACCAACCUGGAUUUAAUAUCCAUAAUGAGCCUGAAUUUAAUAUCCAUAAUGAUGUCGUAUAUGAGAUUGAUCACUCUGAACAUCCUGAACAUAUAAACAAUAGUAUGAUUAGUCUUGAAGCAACACUUGAAGCUAUUCCACAUGUUAUAUUUACUGAUGCUAACCCCACUUUGAUUGCUGCUAUUUGGGAUAAAUUUUCAACAACACAUGCUCUUUAA